AUGAUGCAAAGCGAGCUGGUCACGCGCAGGACCCAGUUCUCGAGCUGCGAUGAGUGCCGCCGGUCCCGCGUCGCCUGCGAUGCAUCGUCUCGCGGCCAGGCUGAGGGCUCCGAGGAGCCCGUGUCGUGUACGCGGUGCCUGAAGCGGCAGAAGCCGUGUACGUUCAAGUGGGUGAGCGAAAACAAGGCCUCUGCUUCGAGGAAGCUCUCAACCAAGCGGAAGCGGCGGCGGCGGCAGCCUUCAGUCUCGGCCAGCGAGACGGCCACCUCACAGCAGAAUGCGCCGGGGGACGUAUUAAUCGCGGCAACUCGUGGUUUUGGCUCCUCGCCGGGAUCAGAAGGACUGCCAUCGUUCUCUUCGGAGUCUCACAGCACCAGGGCCACUGCGACGGCUCUACUCAAGCUUUCUUUUGGUGGACCGCCUGACCCGCUGAGCCAGAGCGAUUCCGAAUGGCUGUCUGUGAUUUACCAGACGGGCUAUGAAACUGUCUUUGGCUCGUGGAUGGGGAGAUACGGCAAUCCUUUCUCUUCUUUUCUAUCUCUAUCUCAAAACCACCUUGGGAAGAGUGUGCGUGCUAAUCAGACCAGAACGGACAAUGCGUUCGCUGACAAGCAUGUGAGCAUAUCAUACCUCUGCAGGCAGCUUGAUAAAUGGAUGGCAGAUGACUCUGGAGCCGGUAACACGUCUGCGAGGGAUGAUGCUCAAGAGCGGUUGAUCGACGAGUCUUUGCGUAGUACUACCGCAGCCUUUUCUUCUCGUUGGCUUCCUCUAGCAACAGGUGCUUCCUCAGAUGAUCCUGAAACUAGCGCUCUGAUGCAGAACCUAUGGCGAUAUGCUCGCCGGGAUAUGCUGAGGGUCAUUAAUCGUCCUUGCUACCGUUCCAUGCUCAGCUUGUUCCUGUUUGCCCUGACGCCCAUCCCAGUAGGCAUCUCUGAAGAGGAAGAAGUCGAUGGCAUAUCCGGCCAGGCCUGUGUCCACGCAGCGCUCCAGCAUAUACAAGUUCUGAGAGCGCGUCAGAGGAACCUCCAUUUCAGCGGCUCCAAGGUCUCACCGUAUCUCAAGAAACAUAUCAUCCCGACAAGUCCGGGAUCCAUUGACACCUUCAACUUUAUCCAUGCGGAGAGCACCGCAUACUGGGCUGCUCUUACCUUCGACACCUCGGCGUCGCUGACACUCAACUGCAGAUCGCUGUUGUCAUCCGGACUGUUUGGUUACGAAGAAGAACUCUGCUGGCGUCUGAUCCGCAGCAAGGCGAAGAUGUUUGAUGACGUGGCACAAGGGUGGUCGACAAACAGCCUGGACAUGACGGAUGAGAGGGCCAACCAGAUUGUGGCCGUGGGAUCUGGCUGGAAGCUUCUGGCCUGGAAGCUCACCGCCGUGUUCAAGGAAGCUCUCCGGGAUGGGCAUGAUGAGUCGAGGGUCCUUAAAGCGUAUAAUGCCGUCGUGGACGCGAUCAAGCAAUUUGACCUGAUUUUCCGUCCUCACCUAGACGCUUGUCAAAGGCGAAUGCAGUUUUUAGGGCAACAGGCCAAGCUGCGUUGGUAUUCACUCAUGUUACAUUAUCACUUGAGCAUAUUGAUGCUCGUGGACAUCAUCGAGGCGACGGAACGCUUCGAUUUGCUGCGCGGCGUUCAGGACGCUGCAGCCGACGCAGAGAACACCGUCAUGAACACACUCGUGUUCGGCCUGCACAAUACGUGCACGGUGACUCUCGAUCCCAGGGUGGUGUCACCAACAAGCGAGAGAGACGGGAGCCAGCGGAAGAAAUCGUCCAUCACCGUGCCGCUCACAUCCAUAGAUCCAUAUCCACACCACAUCGUUGCCGGCGUCCAGCUGGUCCGGAAGGCGGUCGAGCGAGAUUACGGCGAGGGCAAGAUCACGAACGAGUCUUACGAGAAUCUGCAGUCCAUGCUGGAGCAGACCCUCAGCCUCCUGCCGCAGAGCUCCAAAUCAGUGCGGGCGGCGAGGACGAAGCUCGCGACGCCCUCGGAAUCAGGCAUCUCAGAGCCGCGGCAGGAUCCAUAUGGCUCCAUGCAAGGGCAGUACACGGAAUAA